UGUAAGUUGUGCUUUUGAUCGUAAGGUGUCACAUUCGUGACUGACGUAGUUCUCUUUUUACUCGAAGUGAACCAUGCCGCCGAAAGGAAAGAAGGCUGCAGCUGCUCCUGCAACUGCACCAGAACCUAAAGCUGCUCCAGCGAAACCUGCGAAGGAUGUAGGUCCUGCAGCAAAGCUACCCAAGAAAGUUGGUGAUAAAACAAAGCCAAAGAAGGAUGUUAAAAUUAAUCUAGGAAAAGCUCGCGCCAAAGCCUUGGCUGCGAGGAAGAGUGUAGUGAAAGGUGCUCAUGGUACGAGAAGAAAGAAGAUCAGAACUUCGGUACAGUUCAGGAGGCCCAAGACGUUGAAGAUGCCUCGUAGGCCCAAAUAUCCAAGGAAGAGUGUUCCAAGGAGACCGAGGUUGGACCAGUUCUCUAUCAUCAAGCAUCCCCUUACUACUGAGUCUGCGAUGAAGAAGAUUGAAGAUAACAACACCUUGGUGUUUAUUGUGGACCUGAAAGCCAACAAGCCCCAGAUCAAGACAGCUGUUAAAAAGUUGUACGACAUUGAUGUAGCGAAGGUGAACACCCUUAUCAGACCUGAUGGUCAGAAGAAAGCUUAUGUUAGACUAGCUCCUGACUAUGAUGCCUUAGAUGUUGCUAACAAGAUCGGUAUCAUCUAAAGACAUACCCAUGAAGUUUAUAGAAUUGAAGAUAUUACUAAGUUGAGAAUAAAUAAUUGUGGUGA